GCGCGGAGGGAUGCAGGCCCUGAUGCAGAAGGCUUUGUGAUCAAUGUGGAAGAACACAAAACAACAAAAACAUUCGGAAUGGCACAAACAUACCUAACCAAGGAGGAGUUUGCGUGGUUGGAGCGUUGGGUGGAGCUGAGGACCAGGCUCAACCCACCCAACGACUACUUCAUUUGGACUAUGUCGCAGACAGCAGUGAAAACAAUGGGGAAAAACCUCAAAACGGUGUGGGAAGAAAUGCAGCUGCCAGGAAGUCCCACAUUCACCGACAUCCGGACGGCGGUGACCACUUACGCACGCAAUACCCAGAAUAAGGAGGUGAGAGCGCAAAUGGCCAGGUUGAUGUGCCAUGACAUCUCGACUGCGGAAAAAUUCUACGCAAUCCACCUCAAUGCUUCGCAGGCAAAAGUGUUGAGGGAUAGGUUUGAAGAGUCCACCUCACCAGAAUUCCACGCAUCUGUAGCUCCACUGCCACAACUACCACAAGCUCCCUCACCAAAAAAAAUAGCUCCACAGAAAUCAGCACCUCCUACAACAAAAUCAGCCACAGAGUCAGAGUCAAGCGAAGAAAGUUUUCUUGUACCUUACGAUGAAGGUGGCUUAUCAUCGGAGGAAAUUACACCACCGGAGUCGGAAAGCCGACCCCAGUCCAGCUCUAGUGAUAGCGAUGAGCCACAGGGAACACUGGGGGAGGCUGAACAACAGCCUCAGGGGAUGCAGGGUGAGGAAACAGGGCCAACCUUGGCCACCAAAGAGCAUAACCACCCCACCAAAGAACAGGGUGAGACUCAGCCAGGGGAGGAAGCGUGGUCGAGCUUUGCCACCGAGGUGAUUAAAACCCCCCCCAAAGAACAGGGUGAGACUCGACCAGGGGAGGAAGCGGGGCCGAGCUUCGAAGAGGAGCUAAUGGAAACACCCUCAAAGCGGGAUAGAUAUCGCAAGCUCAUGGUAAAAUUGAGCCCGUUUACUAAGCAAAUGCAAGAUGCCAGAGUGAUCUCUUCAAGGGCAAGAAGAGCUCUUUUAAGAGCUACAAAGAAAGAGAUGGAAAAAGAACAAGAAAAGAAGAAAAUGGAGGAAGAAGAGCAAGAGAAGAAGAAAGAGGGGGAGAAAGAGGGGGAGUAG